AUGCCUCCAAGGAAAUCCAAGGCCCCCUCGGCAGCGCAGCUGGUACCUCCAAGGAAAAAAUCCAAGGCCCCCUCGGCAGCGCAGCUGACCGUGGAGCUCAAUGCAAUGAGGGAGAAGUUUGAGGCGGAAAAGGAAGAGAGCGCCCUGAGAAUCAGGCUCCUCGAGGGACAGCUGGAACGGGGAAAUGAGUCGUCCUCGUCCAAGCGUAAACGCCGUAAUGUUUCUGUGUCGUCGUCGUCUUCAUCUUCUUCGUCAUCAUCUUCUUCAUCGUCCUCGUCAUCAGAUUCGUCUGACUCGUCGGAUGAUGGCAGUGACCGGUCAGUAAAAUAUAAAGUUCUGCAACCAACUUCAUCACUAAUGCCGCCCAAGGUGCUACUUCCAGAAUCCCUUUGA